AUGGCGGAAAGGCUGUUUGGUGGGUUUGAAGAAAAGCUGCAAAUCGAAAUUGUGAAGAAAGACCGAACCGAGGUCUUCAACCUCAAAGGGAAUCGAAACCCGGAUUACGCAGUAUUCGGAAUCGGUAUUCGUGACACAAAGAGACCACAGUCUGCGUCUGGCUAUUUUCUUCUUGCUAUUGCUCUUCAACACGGUGCUCUGUUUGGUAUCGAAACUGUGGACGACUUGGCCAAGUAUGACCUCUCUAGCGGAAAGCCCAUUGGAUUACGCUGGAAAGAUGAAUAUAUGAAAAGGCCUGUUCUCAGAAAUGUCACAGCCGAUGGCCCACAAGAUGUCCCACUCCAUCAAGAGCGGUUCUGUGAGUUACUGCGUGAUAUCGUCAAGACUGCUGGAUACAGCAAGAGUGUAACUGUUCAUAUGAUUCGAAAAUAUCUUGGAAGUGUCAUUGAAGGCCUAAAGGAAUACCAGAACCGCUGGGUACGUGAGAGACGAGACCAAAGAAUUCUCAAUUGGGGUAAAGAGGAGGCGGUCAUCCGUGACAACGCGGUUUCCACGCGUGCUCGAUCCUUAAUUAUGCCCGAGAUUGCAAAAAUCUCAACAUUGAUGUCUUCGGACAAAGAGCUUUUGUUCGACGAAAUGCUAGCUUUCGUGGACGAUCUUAAAACCCUCUCAGCAGAUUCUUCAUUCAGCUCCCCGCCAACCACCCCCGGUCUUGAUGUCAUUGAUCCUCGGAUUCGUAAGCCUAUUGUCCUCGACGUGGAGGACGGAAGCCAGCUCGAAGAUUAUGCCGGCGACAAGGCAGAUAAGAGGCUAAGUAAGGCUUUGCGAACAUAUUCUUUCAUCCCCUCGAGCGAUCAAAGGCUAAAGAGGAGGCGCGAAGAGCACCAUUAUACGUAG